AUUUUCUCUAUUUUCAUGUAAAAAUCACUUAAUGAGAUACUCCACGAAUAUAAUUUCAAUAUGUAAAUCAUUAGUGCUUUAAUCACAAUUCAUGAAAAUAAUACUACUCCACAGUACGAGUAAAAAAAAAAAAAGCAAAGCCGGAGUUGAUAGUCACAAAAAUCGAGUGUAGCUUCCAUCCUAGGGAAACCUAACCAAAGCAAUUAACAAAGACUACGACUCCAACAGGCAACACCCCCUUCUCUUUUUCUCAUUUCUCCGUAGAAGAAAAGUAAAAUCCCUCCGUUUUCAACAUUUGUGUUCCCCUCUUCUCUCUCCUUUUUUUAAAUCUUUGUUCACGUGAGCCCUUUCACUCUUUCUCUCUCUUCAAAACCAUACUUCCCCUUCUUCCUGUAAUUUAAGAUUAGAUCUCUUUCCUUCGAUUUUCAUGCCCACAUUACUCCAUGCCUCCUUUCUUCAUCUUCCUCUUCUUAUUACCAUUUUCAUCAGCCGAGUUUAACCCAUAUCAUCUCCACCACAACCACACCUGCUCAACCACCGUGCAACCACUGCACUGUCCGCCGUUCAACACCACACCACCAUACCCAUUCUCCACCACUCCCGGCUGCGGCCACCCUGACUUCCACCUUCACUGCUCUCCCAACUCUUCUUCUUAUCUCAUCAUCAACAACCUCUCUUUCUCUCUCCUCAGUUAUGACCCUUUUUCCUCUCUCCUCCUUCUCUCUCCUCUUUCUCUCUCCUCCCCUCACAAUACCUGCUCUUCUCUCUCCUCUUCUAUCCCUCCUCACCCCAUUAAUCUAACUAACACCCCUUUCAAAAUCACUGAUACUUACUGCUCUCGUCUUUCUAUUCUCAAACCAUGUCCUACUCUCUCCUUGCCUGAUUGUGAGCUCUGUCCUUGGCAUUGCUCUUUGAUCAAACAUCCGCUUCGGCUUACCCCCGGUUGCGGUCCGUCAUCUCAGCCCGCAACCGAACAAGGGUGCCAAAACGAUGUUAUCGGAUAUUUGGAUAAAUUUCUGAAGUAUGGGAUUCAAGUGGAGUUUGAGCUGACCCAUGAUGAGUUCUUUAAUAAGUGCAAUGAUUGCCGGUUGAAUCGAAAUGGGGUUUGCGGGUUCAAUUCAUCCGACCCGAAUAAACAGUUCUUAUGUCUUCACGAAAGUAUCCUCCCUCCUCCUUCUUUGUGGGUCCAGCACAAGAAGCAUAUUGCGGAGUUUACAUCCGCGGUUGUGCUAAUGUGUUUGCUCUGCUUCGUUGGGGUUUCGUUGUUCGCGCUCCGAAACGGGCGUUUCGGAGGCAAUGGUGGUGGUAAUAAUGGAGCAAUGUUGGAGGAUCCGAUGACAGUUUUUCUACACAAUCAUCGGUCCGCCUCGCUCCUUCCGCCGGUUUUCACAUACGAGGAGCUCGAAUCUUCCACCAACCGGUUCGACCCGAAUAGGAAGAUCGGCGAUGGUGGGUUCGGGUCGGUGUUUUUAGGGAAGCUUUUCGAUGGUCGGACCGUUGCUGUGAAGUACUUGCAUCGACACGGGGGUAAAGCCGUCCCAACGAAGUCGUUUUGCAAUGAAAUCUUGAUACUAUCAUCAAUUGAACAUCCAAAUUUAGUUAAACUUCAUGGGUAUUGUAGUGAUCCACGUGGUUUAUUAUUGGUGUAUGAUUACAUUCCUAAUGGUACAUUAGCUGACCAUUUACAUGGUCCGAAUCGGCAGAUAUCCGGUUCGUUGAGUUGGCCGACACGGGUUGAUGUAGCAUUGCAGAUUGCCAUUGCGAUUGAAUACCUCCAUUUUACGGUCCAACCGGCGGUGGUUCACCGCGAUAUUACUGCUACCAAUAUAUUUGUUGAUCAGUAUAUGCGGGUUCGAGUAGGGGAUUUUGGUUUGUCUAGGUUGUUGGUGUGUCCGGAGAAGAAUUUAUCCGGGGAAUUACCCGGAUCAUCUUCGGGUUGUGUGUGGACUGGACCGCAGGGUACUCCGGGUUACUUAGACCCGGAUUAUCAUAAGUCGUUUCGGUUAACCGAGAAGAGUGAUGUGUUUAGUUUUGGGGUUGUGCUUUUGGAACUGAUUACUGGGUUGAAGGCGGUUGACCUAAGGAGAGAAAAAAGGGAGGUGGGGUUGGUGGAUAUGGUAGUAGCUAGGAUUCAAAUUGGGUUGUUGGACCAAGUUGUGGAUCCCACAUUGGCGGCCGAAGGGCCUGCUGUGGUUGAGAGUGUUGCGGCAGUUGCUGAGCUAGCGUUCCGGUGUGUGGCCGAUGAUAAAGAUGAUCGGCCUGAUGCACGGGAAGUCGUGGCGGAGUUACGGCGAAUUUGGAGCCGUAUCCGUGGGGUUAGAGUUUCUAAUUCUAGCGUCGUGGUGGUCCCUGCAGCGGCCGAGGGGUGAGAUUGGGAGGGUUGUGUAAUGGUUUAUUGGUAUUAACUAUUAAGUGGGUUUUGGAUGUUGAGACUCUUCUUUUGUAAUUUUGUACCACUAUACUAGAUCAUAUCCUUAAAUGACUUUGUUGGGGGGUUUUUGGAGGGUUUUGUGAUCAAUCUUAUAAUUGUUAUGAUGGGAAAAGAGAUGAGAUAAUUAGGUUGGAUAUUUGUAUGAUGCCACUUUGUAAUAUAUUACAUCAUCAUUAUCACCAAUUCAAGUGUAUUUGAUAUGAUAAAAUGGAAAGUUUGUUGCUAAAUUUUAA